UCCCUAUGUAAACUCCUUACAGCUGGAACAGAUGCAAAAAUCCAGAGCCUUCCAAGCCAAGCUCCUGCAGAAGACAGAAGGCCUAGAAGCCAAGCUGGAUGCUUCAGGAGCAGAGGAUCUAUCAACUGCAGACCAAGCUAGGGAGCUGCCGACAAACCUGGAACGGUAACCUGGCUAGCUCCGGGAGCGCCGACGGCAACUCGGUGGCCCAGCAGUGGGCAGCAGGAAAUGUGCCGUGGCCACGAGGCAAGAAAUCGACUCUGACCCGAUCAUUGACACCUGGAAGCAUCCUGUGUCCGGUCCCACCCCCAGCCCUUCUUGCUACUUUGUUUCUCUGGAUCUAUGGAUUAUAGCAUAAUUAUCCUUUACUUAACAGCUGAUGUCUACUUAUAAAAGCUUUUGAGUUUCAUGGAGCCAUCUUGGGCAUGAGAUAGAAACCUAGAACAAUGGACACUCCCAGGAAUCUAUAAUGGUUACCCUAGCUAAGACUCCUAGCAAUGGGGGAUACCAAGCCCAAACUGGCCAUCUCCUGUAACCAGGCAAGACUUCCAAUGGAAGGACUGGGACACCAACUCAGCCACAAACCUUCUACCUACAACUUGUCCUGCCUGUAAGAUGUGCUGAAGUAAAGAUGGUGCAGAAAUUGUGGGAGUGGCCAACCAACGACUGGUCUAGCUUGAGACCCACACCAUAAGAGGGAGGCCACCCUUGAUACAGCCUGGACGACCAGGACCCAGAGGCUGGGUACCUGAGAGACCUAGAAUAGAACCAAACAUGACUGGCAAAAAAAAAAAAAAAGUCAAUGAAAUGAUUCUUAAUGAUAAUCUACUGUACUCAUAGAUUGGUACCCAGGCCAGUUGUCAUCAGAGAUGCUUCAUCCAGCAACUGACAGAAACAGAUGCAGAGACCCACAGCCAAACAUUAGGCAGACCUCCCAGAAUCCAGUAGAAGAGGGAGAAAAAGGAUUGUAGCAACCAGAGGUGUCAAGGACACCACGAGAAAACCCACUGAAUCAACUAACCUAGCAUCCUCCAGGCUGCCCCGGAAGCUUCCAGCUGCCUUACCUAACCAUAGGAGUUCUGGGAUUGCAGAUGUGCACCCCUAUAUCCAGCUGUUUUCUUUCUUAACAUGGGUUCCAGGGACCAAACGCCAGUCAUCAGGUUUGCAUGGCAACUGCUUUUACCUACCAGUCCAUCUUCAUGGGCCUUUAAGGUUUUUUUUUUUUUUAAGAUUUAUUUAUUAUACAUUAAAUACACUGUAGCUGUCUUCAGACAUCCCAGAAGAGGGCAUCAGAUCUCUUUAUAGAUGGUUGUGAGCCACCAUGUGGUUGUUGGGAUUUGAACUGAGGAUCUCUGGAAGAGCAGUCAGUGCUCUUAACCUCUGAGUCAUCUCUCCAGUCCCUGGGGCUUCUAAAUUUUUAUUUAGACCACGAAUCAUUUUUCCCUUGGGCACAGCUGUCACCAAGAGAAACACUGAAAACAGAAGCUAAGACUUUGAAAUGGAGAAAACAGUUCCCUGGGCAAACGUAACCAGUGAGGCUUGAAGAAGUGCUGGGCUCAACAGAGAUGCAAGAGACAAAGACAUGAAGCCAGGGGCCUUAGAAGAGAGGACAUUGAAGAAGUCUUAGGUCCAAAAGGACAGUAACCAGGGAUCUGGAAGACUCUUCUGUUCCCUCUGGGAUGAGCCUCCUACUGCACAAAAUGUUUGUCAGCCAUUCUCCUAAAAGGGCAUUGUGAGAGUUCCAGGUGACUACUUAUGGAGUACGGAACCUCGUUCUAUGUUGCCUCUUAUCUACCUAGCUAACAUUACAUCAAGUGCCUCUGGAAUGUACCACACAACCCUUCAUUCCUCUCAACCGUUUACAAAAAUGCUAAAGCUUAAAGGAGAAUUACGAACUGCCAAGGGACUGAAGAAUGAGGCUGGGGAGAGAGACAGGGAUGUCAGCAAUCUAAACAGCAAGCUCUUGAGCCUACAACUGGACAUCAAGAAUCUCCACGAUGUCUGCAAGAGGCAGGGGAAGACCUUGCAAGAGAACCAGCUCUGCGUGGAGGAAGCGAUGCUGAAAGCCAACCACAACAAGAAGCAAGCCCAGACGUUAGUAUUCACGGACAACCAGAUGGACUUCCGGGUCAAUAAGCAAUACCAUCUCAGGCAACUCCAGCAACUGAAGAAGAAGCUGCUGACCCUCCAGCAGGAACUGGAGUUCCGUACCCAGGAGCUCCAGGCUUCCUACUGCUCUCUCCUGCAGUACCAGUCGAUCCUGGAGAAGCAGACUUCCGACCUUCUUGUUCUUCACCGUCACUGCAAACUUAAGGAAGAUGAGGACCCUGAGAACAAAGGAGACCACCCGAAGGUUCGAAUCUACACUUCUCCGUGCGUGAUUCAAGAGCAUCAGGAGACCCUAAAGCGACUGUCUGAAGUCUGGCAAAAGGUUUCUGAACAGGAUGACCUAAUCCAGGAGCUUCGGAAUAAACUGGCCUGCAGCAACUCUUUGGUCCUGGAGCGUGAGGAGGCGUUGAUAAAAUUACAAGCUGAGUUUGCUUCCUACACAGCCACCCACCGGCAUCCCCCUACCUCCUCAGAAGACUGUGAAGACAUCACAAAGAUCCUGAAGCACCUGCAAGAGCAGAAAGACAGCCAGUGCCUGCACGUGGAGGAGUACCAGAACCUUGUGAAGGACCUGCGCAUGGAGCUGGAAGCUGUGUCAGAACAGAAGAAAAAGAUCAUGAAGGACAUGAUGAAGCUGGAGCUAGAUCUACAUGGGCUGCGGGAAGAGACGUCCUGCGUCAUCGAGAAGAAGGACAAGGAGACUGUCUUCCUGCAGUACCGGCUGCAAGAUCUGCAGCAACAGUACACAGAGUCACAGAAGCUGUCCCUGAAGAAGGACAAGUUGCUCCAAGACAAGGAUGAGAGGCUGCACGAGCUGGAGAAGAAUCUGAUGCAGGUGCAGAACAGCCUCAGAGAGAAAGAGGCAGAGCUGGAGAAGCUACAGUGUACAACCAAAGAACUGGACACCAGCCUCCAAGAAGCUAGGCAAAGCACAUCCAAAAUAGACUGCGAGGCCCUGCGGGCCGAGAUCCAGAAGCUCAAGGAUAGCCUCGAGGAGGCCAGGGAGCAGCUGAAGGUGUCAGAUCAGAAUCUAACCCAGAGUAAGGAGGAAGCGCACCUCUCUGCCAGCAGCCUAGAGGAUGCUCAUCGGAAAAUCGAGAACUGCCUUCUCCAGGACAAGCAGAAGGAAGAGGUCAUUAAGGAUCUGCAGAGCCAGUUGCAUAAGCUACAGAAGGAGUCUUCGAAAAUUGAGGAGGAACGAAAACACAACAGGCAACGGUUACAGGAGCUGAGCUCGGAACUCUCUGAAGGCCAGAGAAGGCUUUCGAAUGCAGAGAAGGAAAAGUCGCUGCUUCAGAAGACACUGGAUGAAGACGAGAAAAAGAUAGAUGAGCUAUUUCACAGCACCCAAGUCUCUGAGCAAAAGCAAAGGGAGCUAACAAACUCCAUAAGGAAGCUAGAGGAGGAACUUCUGGAGAUAAAAGGGCUCUUGGAGGAGAAACGAGAGCAACUGAAGAAGAGUAAGGAACAGGAGAAGGCACUGGAGGAAGAGAUCGAGGCUUUGCGACAAGAAGCGAAAAGGAAAGAGAAGAUGGCGAAGGAACAUUUGAGAAAGCUGGAUGAAGAGAAGGAGAACCUGCAGGCUGAGUUGACCUCCCGUUCCUCACACCUGGACUCCUCUCUCAACAAAUACAACUCCUCCCAGAAAGUCAUCCAAGAGCUCAACGCGGAGAUAGCCCGCCAGAAGGAUUCCAUCAUGAUUCUGCAGACACAGCUGGAUUCGGCUAUCCAGAAAGAGAAGAACUGUUUCCAGAACAUGGUUAGUAAAGAAGCUUAUGAGGAACUUGUGCGGAAGUCGGGCAACUGCCAGGACGACCUGACACAGGCCCUGGAGAAGCUCACUCAGGCAACCUCAGAGACAAAGAGCCUGAAUCGCUCCUUGCAACAGACCCAGGAGAGGAAAGCUCAACUGGAAGAUGAAAUCGCGGCUUAUGAGGAAAGGAUGAAAAAGCUCAAUAUGGAGUUAAAAAAACUGCAGGGCUUCCAACAGCAGAGCGAGCAAGAGGUGCACAACUUUGACAAGAAGCUGGAGGAGAUGAGCAACCAGGUGUUGCAGUGGCAGAGGCAGCACCAGAGUGACCUUAAGAUGUUGGCAGCUAAGGAGUCGCAGCUCCGAGAAUUCCAGGAGGAAAUGGCGACCCUAAGAGAGAGCCUCCUUGCAGAUGAGAAGGAGCCGUACUCCCCGCCUGCAAAGCUAACCCCCAAAGAAACCUGCAGGCACCACCGGGAGAAUGACCAGAUUAUGAACAACGUGGAACAAUGGGCAAAGGAGCAGAAGAUUGCCAAUGAGAAGUUGGGAAACAAGCUGAGAGAGCAGGUUAAAUACAUUGCCAAGUUGACUGGCGAAAAGGACCACCUCCACAAUGUAAUGGUCCACCUGCAGCAGGAGAACAAAAAGCUGAAGAACGAGAUAGAAGAGAAGAAGCUAAAGGCCGGGAACCCGAGGAUCUGUGUCAAGGCCUUUCCCCCAAACAAACUGGAGCCUUCCCAAAAGGGAAAGCUAUGCUGUGCCCUGGGCUGGAGAGGGAUACCCCAGGACCUGACACCGAAAACGGACCACAAGUACAUGGGGUUACCUCACUCCUCAGGCUCCUCCUACUGCUAGAAUCGGCUCUUCACCCAAAGCGUCACUGCUACACGUUUUCAGAGGACAUUGAGUCCCCACCCCUCUUUCUUGACCGGAACCAGCUCCUACAGUGGUCCAUCAAGGCCCCUGUCUAGUUUGCAAGAAGUUAUGCUUUGCUGAGUUUUGUCUACCUCCUGAAGUAGAGUUGUAAGACCCCACUCCCCCCAGCCUCCGGGCCCAGACUCUGAAAUAAAGAUACAAACAACAAGGCCUCCA